GAGACCAUGAUCAAAAACGAACUCGAGGCGGACUGGGUGAAGUACGAAUCAAUUCGGCCGUGCUCGGACCUGGCUCUCAGGAGUCGGCAGGCGCGGCUACGUCAGUUGAGGAAGCUGUUGGCGGGCAGGAUGCUCGCCCGGGCGUCCGAGGCGCACGCGUGCGUGAGUGUGUUCACGGUGUCGAAGAUGGUCGACGACAAGGGCGAGGUGAUCUCCCGGCUGGCGUGGCGCCUUCGGAGGGCCGACCUCCGAUUUCGAGCGCCUCCCUGGGCGCCGAUGGGUUCGCCGGCGGCCCUGGCGGCGAUCGAGCUGAGCGACGACGUGGCGGGCAACUUGGAGGUGGCCUCGUUCGUUGGCGGCGUGCCGGACGCAGUGGGCCAGGUGAAGUUCGAGGGCGGGGCUGGUCGAGUCCAGACGGGCUUGCCGGCGCCGCAGUUCAACGACGCCGCCGUGCUCCAAUGGCUGUUCAUCGACGACUGCGGGGGGAUGCGCCUGGGGCCGAAGGGCCCGGGCGACGCCGUGCUCUCCGUGGCUUCGGACCUGUGUCGGAUCAUGGGCGAGCUCAAGGCACGUGGGCUCAAGUCUCACAAGGGGCGCUUCGGUGGCGGCUUGGAGCGCGCGCUGGGGGCCGCCCUCUCUUCCGAGGGCCGGUCGCAGAUCGUGGAGGAGAAGAUGCAGGGCCUCGUGUUGGUGGAGGGCGAGAUCGCCGCGAUCGUGUCCAUGUCCAUCUGCCUCUCCACGGACCUCGCAGCGGGGCGGCGCGACUGGGCUUUCAUUCAUGUCAGGGGCACUGAAAAGGGGCAGCCCAGUUUCAUCGAACUGUUCUCGGGAUCGGCGAGGCUCGCGCUGACCGUGGCGACGUUGACCUCCUGCUGGGCGGACGCGUGGGGCGUCGAGAACGGCGCGGAGUUCGACUCGACGGGCGACGGGGGUCUUGGGCGACUACGGCGUGCCGUGCGAGCGGGGAUCUAUUGGAUGAUUCACAUGGGGCUUCAGUGUGCCGCGUGGUCCAGGGCGCGCUCGCCACCGUUGCGGUCCGCGGACUUCUUGCUUGGGCUGCCGGGUCUGGCCUUCGUGCGUGCCGAGGCGGUCAAGACGGGCACUUUCUUAAUGCUUCUUGCUGUCGAGCUGGCGGUCUAUUGCGUGGAGCGCGACGUGUAUUUCUUCAUCGAGAACCCGGCGACUUCCUUGUCUUGGGACUUCGAGCCGAUGCAGGCCCUGCGCCCGCUGGGCAGGAGGUGCUGCAUGUCAAAGGGGCUUUGCUCUGCCACUGGUCGGCCGCGCCGAGAGCUUCGAGGGCGAGUGCCAUCUGUGGCGUCGGGCUACUUGUCGGUGGCGAACGAGCUCUGGGCCAAGGUGGCGUGCCCGUGCCCAUGGAAGCUCUCCGGGACGUGCGCCGACUUGCUGGUCGACCUGGCCCCUGUUGCCCGCUCGUCGGGGGGCAGCUCGAGGGCGGGGGGCGCCCUGGCCUCCAGACCCGCUGGAGGGCCGCCGCCCGAGGUGGGCGCGGCCUGGUCGAGACGAGCGCGCUGGCACCUCAUCGCCGUGAAGGAGUGGGGGAAGGGGGAGCGCCAGAACGUUCUCGAGUGCCGGGGCGCGAGCUCGAAGUCGCUUCUCC